AUGGCGCUGCCCCACAGCAGCUUCUCGCUGCUGCAGCGGGCGCUGACGCAGCUGGAGCGGCUGCAGCAGCACGAGGAGCGAGAGAAGGCGAAAGCAGCAGCAGAAGCAGCAGCAGCAGCUGCUGCUGCUGCUGCUGUUGCCAAGAAGAAAUGGUCCCCGCCCACCCAAGGGAGACAGUCCGCUGCUGCGGCGGCUGCUGCUGCAGAGAAAGCCGCCGCUGCUGCUGCUGCUGCUGCGCAGCAACAGUACCAGCAGCAAAUUGGGGUGUACGUACAGCUCUGCCAAGCAGCAGGCUCUCUAGGACAACUUCAUGCUGCCGCUGUGUGUCCUUUCUUUAGAGAAUGCAUUUCUGAGCUGCUGCUGCUGCUGCAGCAAAGAGCGCUGCUUCUCCGCAAGCAGCUAGUUGCUGCUAACAACGGUGUGCAGUUCUUGCCGCAAGGUGCUGCUGCUGCUGCUCUUAUGCUGCCUUUCAAGCUCCAAAGCAGCAGCAGCAGCAGCAGCGAGGCGCUGCAGCAUAGCAACUUAGAGCGCGGUAUGGGGCACAUAAAUGUGUGCACUAGCAGACCUGCUGCUGCUCCUGCUGCUGGCCUCACUGCUGCUGCUGCUGCUGCUGCUAAUCCGGCUGCUGCUGCUGCUGCUGCUAGUCUCGCUGCUGCUCCUAACAGUGCUCCUGACGGAGCUUUAGCCGGGGCGAAUUCGGCCGCCGCUACUUCUGCUGCUGCUGCUGCUGCUGCUGCUAAACGCCGCUCCUUCUACCAUACUGAGAAGUCCCAUCCUGCAACCCCAGAUCCUUUACCUUCUGCUGCCCUGCAGCAAGUAGCAGCCAAGCAGCAGGAGCAGCAGCAACAGCAGCAGCAAGAGGCAGCGCCUGGCCCUCCGAGCACUGGAAAUGGUUCGGCAGCGGCUGCAGCAGCAAGUGCAGCAGCAGCAACAAGCGAAACAGGAGCAGCAGCAACCACUGCAGCAGGGGCUGCAGCAGCAGCGGCUCCUGCUGCUGCUGCUGCUGACUCUGGUGAAGCCCCAGAACAAGAAGCAGCUCCAGAAACAUUUGAAUACUCACCAGAAGAGACUUCAAAGCUAGAAGCAGCAGCAACAAAGAUUGCUGCCUUUUGGAGAGGCGCAGCAGCGCGGCAGCAGCAGCACCUGCAGCAGCAGCAGCUGCUGCAGCAGCUGGGCCUAGACAGCGACAACAGCCCGGAGGAGCAGGAGCAGCUGCUGCUGCUGCAGCAGCAAGUCCAGCAGCAGAAGCAGCAGCUGCAGCAGCAGCAAGCAGCAGCAGAUGCUGAGUACCAGCAGCUAAAGGAAGAAGUCUAUGAAGAGCUCCACGGGCCCUACAAGGAGAAGCUCACCGAACUGCUAAUAGACGAAGGCAUAGAGUGGAUGCUGAACUUCAGGCGGCAAGUGGGGGCUCUUCCUCAAACCCUAGACUUCAGAGACAGAGACUUCAGCGCCAUUGCUGCUGCUGCUGAUGGUGCUGCUGCUGCUAUUGCUGCGGCUGCUCCUGCUGCAGCAAAACGGGAAGCUGAGAACAACAGCAAGAAGGGCCGCAGCGGCAGCAAGCUGGAGAAGCAAGGCAGCAGCAGGAGCGACAGCAGCAGCAACAGCAGCAGCAGCAGCAACGAAGAAUUUGGAGAUGAGCUGCGGCGCCUGAUACUGCCGCUGCAGGCAGUUGCUGCUGAGGACCCGCUUGGAGGUGCUUCAGCAGCAGCAGCAGCAGCAGCAGCAGCAGCAGCAGAAGCAGCAGCAGGUGAAGGCAGCAGCAUGGAGUCUGCAGACAACGCCUUAAUGGCUACCGCAAAGGCAGCAGCAGCAGCAGCAAGAAAAGUUGCUGCCAGCGGGGGCUCUGCUGCUGAUGGGACUGCUGCUGCUGCUGCUGCAGCGGCAGAUCUAGCGGCGGCAACAGCAGCAGCAGCAGCAGCAGCAGCACAAUCGUUCAGCAGCAGCAGCAGCAUCAGCAGCAAUAGGGAGCGGCUUUGCGCCGCGCUGCGGGCGAAGCUGCUGCCGCCCGUUGCAGCAGCAGCAGCAGCAGCAGCGGACGUCGCGCUGCAGCAGCAGCUGCAGCAGCUGCUGCUGCAGCUAGAUGGCAUCAAAACCAGAAGCAAAAAGAAAAAGAAAAAAAUUAAACAAAAAUCAAAAUCUCAUAAAUGCUGCAAAUGCACUGCUGCACUCUUAGGCCCGCAGCAAAACUUCCUUCCAGAUCUCACCCAGGCAAGCCCAAAUUAG